CACUCUUCCUGUUUAGCUUCCUUUCUCCCGAAGUUGCUUACAUUAGCAGCGCUCUCUAUCUCCUCCAACCUUUUUUUUCCCGCUAGGGUUUAGUCGCUCGCUGCUUUGUCUCCAUCGCUAGGAAGUAGGAGCGAUGAAGAUGGCAGGACGGUUGUUAGAUUCAGCAGCUUGAAUUUGAAUUCCAAGUUCUUUUCUGGGCGCGGGAGUGCUUUUUCUUUGGUUCUUCCCUGGGUUUGGUGAAGAAUGGCGUCGUCGUCCAGAGGCGGGGCGGAUCAGCCGACCCCUCCUCAGCCUCAGCAGCGGAGGAUUAUGAGAACCCAGACGGCUGGGAAUCUUGGGGAGUCGAUAUUUGAUAGUGAGGUUGUGCCUUCUUCGCUUGUGGAGAUUGCGCCUAUUCUUCGUGUGGCUAAUGAAGUGGAGUCCAGUAACCCAAGGGUUGCUUAUCUCUGCCGAUUUUAUGCCUUUGAGAAAGCUCAUAGGCUGGAUCCUACUUCCAGUGGAAGAGGUGUUCGUCAAUUUAAAACUGCGCUUCUUCAACGUCUCGAAAGGGAAAAUGAUCCAACCUUGAAGGGUAGGGUUAAGAAAAGUGAUGCUAGAGAAAUGCAGAGUUUUUAUCAACAUUAUUAUAAAAAAUAUAUCCAAGCUUUGCAAAAUGCUGCUGAUAAAGCCGAUCGAGCACAACUUACCAAGGCGUACCAAACUGCUAAUGUGCUUUUUGAGGUUUUGAAGGCUGUUAAUAUGACACAAUCCAUUGAAGUUGAUCGAGAGAUUUUGGAAGCUCAAGAUAAGGUUGCGGAGAAGACUCAACUAUAUGUGGCUUACAAUAUACUUCCACUGGAUCCCGAUAGUGCAAAUCAGGCAAUUAUGAGAUUUCCUGAGAUCCAAGCAGCCGUUGUUGCCCUUCGUAACACAAGAGGUCUUCCAUGGCCCAAAGAUCAUAAGAGGAAAAAGGAUGAAGAUAUAUUAGACUGGCUUCAUGCGAUGUUUGGGUUCCAGAAAGGUAAUGUUGCAAAUCAAAGGGAACACUUAAUCUUGUUACUUGCAAAUGUGCACAUACGACAGUUCCCUAAGAUGGAUCAACAACCUAAGUUGGAUGACCGUGCACUGACUGAUGUGAUGAAGAAGCUGUUUAAGAAUUACAAGAAGUGGUGCAAGUACUUGGACAGGAAAAGCAGUCUUUGGAUGCCUACAAUACAGCAGGAGGUGCAACAGCGUAAGCUGUUAUACAUGGGCCUUUAUCUUCUGAUAUGGGGUGAAGCUGCAAACUUGAGAUUCAUGCCAGAGUGCCUGUGCUAUAUAUAUCAUCAUAUGGCGUUUGAGCUUUAUGGCAUGUUAGCUGGGAAUGUGAGUCCUAUGACAGGAGAAAAUGUAAAGCCUGCUUAUGGGGGUGAAGAAGAGGCUUUUCUCUCAAAAGUUGUUACGCCUAUAUACAAUGUCAUUGCAAAGGAAGCUCAGAGGAGUAAAAAAGGGAAAUCAAAGCAUUCUCAGUGGAGAAAUUAUGAUGAUCUGAAUGAAUACUUCUGGUCUGUUGAUUGCUUCCGAUUAGGCUGGCCAAUGCGUGCAGAUGCUGAUUUCUUUUCUUCUCCUGCCGAACUUCAUCCUUUUGAGAAAAAUGGGGACAACAACAAACCAGCUUAUAGAGAUAGAUGGGUGGGGAAGGUCAAUUUUGUUGAGAUCCGCUCGUUCUGGCACAUCUUUAGAAGUUUUGAUAGGAUGUGGAGCUUCUUUAUCCUAUGCUUGCAGGCUAUGAUUAUCAUUGCUUGGAAUGAUUCUGCUGGCCGUCCAAUAUUUACUGGUGAAGUAGUCAAGAAAGUUUUGAGUAUCUUCAUAACAGCUGCCAUAUUGAAACUUGGCCAAGGGAAUCCACAUUCCGUUAGAGUUGGUGGAUUUAUUACCAAUGCUAUUUUGUUGAUUAUUGCAGCUGUCCUUGACAUAAUCAUCAAUUGGAAAGCCCGCCAGAUGAUGUCUUUCCAUGUCAAGUUGAGAUACAUUCUGAAGUUUGUUUCAGCUGCAGCAUGGGUGGUUGUUCUGCCGGUGACAUAUGCUUAUACAUGGCGAGAUCCAUCAGGAUUUGCUCAAACAAUUCAAAGUUGGUUCGGCAGCAAUGUUAGCUCGCCGUCUUUGUUUAUUUUAGCAGUGGUUAUCUAUCUUUCACCAAACAUGUUGGCAGCUGUGCUAUUUCUUUUCCCCUUCAUACGAAGGUUCCUGGAGCAGUCCCAUUAUAAAAUAGUGAUGCUUGUAAUGUGGUGGUCUCAGCCUCCGCUCUAUGUUGGGAGGGGAAUGCAUGAAAGUACUCUCUCUCUUUUCAAGUAUACCGUGUUUUGGGUUCUCCUUAUCGUAACCAAGUUGGCAUUCAGUUACUAUAUUGAGAUAAAGCCUUUAGUUACCCCAACAAGAGCUAUAAUGAGUGUCCACAUAACUACAUUCCAAUGGCACGAAUUCUUCCCUCAAGCUAGGAACAAUAUUGGUGUGGUGAUUGCACUCUGGGCACCAAUAAUUCUUGUCUAUUUCAUGGAUACUCAGAUUUGGUAUGCCAUAUUCUCCACAUUGUUUGGUGGUGUAUAUGGUGCAUUUCGGCGACUUGGAGAGAUUCGGACGUUGGGAAUGCUUCGCUCACGUUUUCAGUCAUUACCUGGUGCUUUUAAUGCCCGCUUAACUCCAGAAGAAAGGAGCGAGCCAAAGAAGAGAGGGUUAAAGGCUACCUUGUCUCGCAAUUUCGCUACGAUACCAUCCAACAAAGAAAAAGAGGCUGCAAGAUUUGCUCAGUUGUGGAAUAAAAUCAUUACUAGUUUUAGAGAAGAAGAUCUUAUCAGCGACAGGGAAAUGGAUCUGUUGCUUGUACCAUACUGGGCUGACCGUGAUCUGGACCUCAUACAGUGGCCUCCAUUUUUACUGGCUAGCAAGAUACCAAUAGCAUUGGACAUGGCCAAGGAUAGCAAUGGGAAGGACAAAGAGUUGAAAAAGAGAAUUGAGGCUGACAGCUAUAUGUCCUGUGCUGUUCGUGAAUGUUAUGCUUCAUUUAGGAACAUCAUCAAGUUCUUGGUUCAAGGGGACCGCGAGAAAGAGGUGAUUGAUUACAUAUUUGAAGAGGUGGACAAGCAUGUUGAUGUUGGUGAUCUCAUCAGUGAGUACAAAAUGAGCGCGCUUCCUAACCUCUAUGAGCAUUUUGUGAAGCUCAUCAAAUAUCUGUUAGUGAAUAAACCAGAAGACAGGGAUCAAGUUGUCAUUCUGUUCCAGGAUAUGUUAGAGGUCGUGACAAGAGAUAUAAUGAUGGAGGAUCAGAUAUCCAGUCUGGUUGAUUCAAUUCAUGGUGGACCUGGCCAUGAGGGAAUGGUUCCACUUGAUCAGCAAUAUCAACUGUUUGCAUCUUCAGGAGCUAUUAAGUUUCCUAUCGAACCUGUAACAGAGGCAUGGAAAGAGAAGAUCAAGCGGCUUGAUCUUCUGCUUACCACAAAAGAAUCAGCGAUGGAUGUGCCAUCCAACCUGGAAGCUAGGAGGCGGAUUUCUUUCUUUUCAAAUUCUUUGUUUAUGGACAUGCCGACAGCCCCGAAAGUUCGGAAUAUGCUUUCCUUCUCUGUUUUAACUCCUUACUAUACGGAGGAAGUUCUUUUCUCCUUGCGUGAAUUGGAAGUGCCGAAUGAAGAUGGGGUUUCAAUCCUAUUUUACCUGCAGAAGAUCUUUCCUGAUGAAUGGAAUAAUUUCCUUGAGCGAGUGAAUUGCACUAGUGAAGAAGAACUCAAGGGAAUAGAUGAUCUUGAAGAAGAACUUCGUCUCUGGGCAUCAUUCAGGGGCCAAACCCUGACAAGAACUGUAAGAGGAAUGAUGUACUACCGCAAGGCGUUGGAGCUUCAGGCAUUUCUUGAUAUGGCUAGAGAUGAAGAUUUGAUGGAGGGCUAUAAGGCUGUAGAACAGAAUACUGAAGAUCACUCGAAAGGUGAAAGAUCGUUGUUUGCCCAAUGUCAAGCCAUUGCUGAUAUGAAAUUUACAUAUGUGGUUUCAUGUCAGCAAUAUGGUAUCCACAAGCGGUCUGCAGAUCCUCGAGCACAAGACACACUAAGACUUAUGACUGCGUACCCAUCACUUCGUGUAGCAUACAUUGAUGAGGUUGAAGAGCCUAAUAAAGACAAGACAAAAAAGGUCAACCAAAAGGUUUAUUAUUCAGUCUUAGUGAAGGCUGCCUUACCUAAGGCCAUUGAUUCUUCAGAGCCUGUUCAGAAUUUGGAUGAGGUUAUUUAUCGAAUCAAACUCCCUGGGCCAGCCAUCUUAGGCGAGGGGAAACCAGAGAACCAGAAUCAUGCGAUUAUCUUUACUCGGGGAGAGGGGUUGCAGACAAUAGACAUGAACCAGGAUAACUACAUGGAGGAAGCCUUAAAAAUGAGAAAUCUACUGCAAGAGUUUCUCAAAAAGCAUGAUGGUGUCAGAUAUCCUACGAUUCUUGGUCUUAGGGAGCACAUAUUCACUGGAAGUGUUUCUUCGCUUGCUUGGUUUAUGUCAAAUCAGGAGACAAGCUUUGUGACUAUUGGUCAGAGACUACUGGCUAACCCUCUCAAGGUUCGAUUCCAUUAUGGUCACCCAGAUGUGUUCGAUAGACUUUUCCACUUGACUAGGGGGGGAAUCAGUAAAGCGUCCAAGGUUAUCAAUCUCAGUGAGGACAUAUUUGCUGGUUUCAAUUCCACUCUUCGUGAAGGGAAUGUCACUCAUCAUGAGUACAUACAAGUUGGCAAAGGAAGAGAUGUCGGUCUCAAUCAAAUCUCAAUGUUUGAAGCCAAAAUUGCAAACGGAAAUGGCGAGCAGACUUUGAGUCGUGAUAUAUACAGGCUUGGACACCGUUUUGAUUAUUUCCGCAUGUUGUCUUGCUACUUCACUACAGUUGGCUUCUACUUCAGUACUCUGAUAACUGUGCUAACUGUGUAUGUCUUCCUUUAUGGUCGUCUAUAUCUGGUUCUAAGUGGGCUGGAAGAAGGGUUGAAAAAUCAGCGAGCUAUCCGAGACAACAAGCCUCUUCAGGUGGCUCUAGCUUCCCAGUCUUUUGUCCAAAUUGGUUUUCUCAUGGCUUUGCCCAUGCUUAUGGAAAUCGGCUUGGAAAGAGGUUUCCGUACCGCCCUUAGUGAAUUCAUCCUCAUGCAACUUCAACUUGCACCGGUGUUCUUCACAUUCUCCCUUGGAACCAAGACUCAUUACUACGGAAGAACUUUGCUUCACGGAGGCGCCAAGUACAGGUCCACAGGUCGAGGCUUUGUGGUGUUUCAUGCCAAGUUCGCCGACAAUUACAGGCUUUACUCUCGCAGUCACUUUGUCAAGGGGAUUGAGAUGAUGAUUUUACUUGUCGUGUAUGAAAUCUUUGGUCAGUCAUAUAGAAGUGCUCUUGCCUAUGUCUUGAUAACCAUUUCAAUGUGGUUUAUGGUUGGGACAUGGCUUUUCGCUCCUUUCCUCUUUAACCCUUCGGGGUUCGAGUGGCAGAAGAUUGUUGAUGAUUGGACUGAUUGGAACAAGUGGAUAAGCAACAGAGGUGGAAUAGGUGUUCCACCCGAAAAGAGCUGGGAAUCAUGGUGGGAGGAGGAGCAGGAGCAUCUACGUCAUUCUGGAAAGCGUGGUAUUGUUGCAGAGAUUCUUUUAUCUUUGCGGUUCUUUAUUUACCAAUAUGGGCUAGUGUAUCACUUGUCCAUGACAAAGAAAGCCAAGACCAAGAGCGUUCUUGUGUAUGGAAUAUCUUGGUGCGUCAUCUUUCUGAUACUGUUUGUGAUGAAGACGGUGUCUGUUGGGCGGCGAAGAUUCAGUGCAAACUUUCAGCUGGUGUUCCGUCUGAUCAAGGGAUUGAUCUUCAUAUCAUUUAUGUCCAUUUUGGUCACUCUCAUAGCAUUGGCUCACUUGACAGUCCAGGACAUCGUUCUCUGCAUUCUCGCCUUCAUGCCUACUGGCUGGGGGAUGCUUCUGAUAGCACAAGCUUGUAAACCUGUGGUGCAGCGAGCUGGGUUCUGGGGAUCAGUUCGAACUCUCGCUCGUGGCUUCGAGAUCGUUAUUGGCCUACUUCUCUUCACCCCAGUUGCAUUCCUUGCUUGGUUCCCCUUUGUCUCUGAGUUCCAAACUCGCAUGCUCUUCAACCAAGCCUUCAGCAGAGGUCUCCAGAUUUCACGUAUUCUAGGCGGGCAAAGGAAAGACCGGUCUUCUCGCAACAAGGAGUAAACAGAUUCUCCUGUAUCUUGCUUCGGCAAGGCAUGUACACUGUAACCUCCUAGUGUAAUUAUUUAUUUAGAGAACAGUCAGUAGCAAGUCAAGUAGUAGGGGGGACGUUCGUGAGGUUUUUGAGGAGCAGUUUUUAGAACUGUGAAGAAAGGAUCAUUGAGUCCUGGUAGUAGCUUAGCUUCUCCCUCUUUAUAACGUGAAAUACUACUUGCUGUUGUAAGUUGUAACCUAGUUCGUCUUUUAUCUAUCGAUUGGUUUUGCUGGUCAUCUGCCUGCAAAAACCAGAUAUUGCUGCUAAUUUAGUAUGAACCGUCAACUAAAUACCUUCAUUUUGCGCUGUUUUCCUUGAAUGAACUGAUGUGUGUUUGAGCUGGCUACUAUGUAUUGUUCUGCAGCGAAUGCUUUGAACUGUCAGUUGUACAAUACAUAUUACUGAAAUGAUCUGUAU